CGAAGUCCAUCGCGUCCUCCAUCUUUAACACCCUGUAAUUUCUGCUGGGGGUGUGUUGCCUCUCAGCCAAUGAGAGGCAUUAAAACUGCCAGCUUGUUUGUGUAAAAUCGGAACCUACGUCCAACAUUCUGGUUUCCCGAUCGUCAAAUGGAAAAAGAACUGUACUGUUUGCUACCUUAUGGGAAGAAAAGUUCUACUGGAAAUUACGAACUGCACUUCGGCAGUUUCCGACGGCAGUUCUCCUCCUAACACAGAAGACUUCAGGACUAGUUCUUAGGCAAAAUGGACUCGCCCACAGCAGAUUUUGGCGCUGACUUUAUUUAUAAUUUAUGAGCUUGAGGUACAUAUUAGAAUUUUUUUUAUGGAAUGCACCUCCAAAGAAAUGCAUACUCUUUUCAGUGGUAUUUGACUGAUAUUUAAAUUUUCUUCUCCUUUAAAGGAUACAAGAAAAGGAACUAUGAAACAAAGAUUAGACUUUUAAAGAGACACAUUGCCAACGAUGAAAAAAAAAUGUGAUGUUUUAAAAGACUUCCAGAUGUCUACUGACAUGUAUCUGACUUAGUGUGGACAGUCAAAUGUUGAGUUAUAUUCUGGGUUUUCCUUUGAUCAUGGAUUAACUCAAGUUGCUAUAUUUGGAAACAUGACUUUUUGGACUGGGCUGCCUCUCAUUAUUGUGUAGAGGGGGGGAGAUUUUCAGUGAACUGCGAAUGUCAGACACGGAUGUAUGGUCACUGAUUUCAGUUCUAAGGAGUAUCAACGGAUGGAAAAUGGGACUGUUAAAAAUAAUCUAUGAAGUGUUUUGAAUGGUGAAACCUUCAUUGCUAUCGGUCUUGGACAGUGAACCAAUUGUUUAAUUUACAAAUAUUUAGUUGUGUACAUGUUCUAUACAGGAAAGGUUUAAACACAAGUACAUCUGCACUUAGUCUAUUCCUUUUAAUUGGAUAUGCACAAGAUACAGAUAGACAUACUGAUAUGUGUUAAAUAGCGUACAUAAUUGUGCAGAUGUCAGAAUUAAUUGUUCUAAUUGGCAUCUAUGAUUUGUUUUCUAGGAAGUCCUUUCAUGCAAAGAUGGCUUCACUUCUGGGCACUAAGAAAAAAGGAAAGAAAAGCAAGGUUAUUGAACCAGUAUCUAAAGAUGUAAAAUUAAUAAAGAGAGGGUUCAGCGAUGAUGAACACUCAGGCAGCCAGGUGUCUGUGAGGGAAGCUCUGCAGGAGAACACUGCUGACAACAUCAAGAAUGAAGCACAGCCUGUAGUGAAUGAUGAACCAAAGUUAAAACCUGCACCUCAGAAAGGGCAAAACAAGUCUAAAGGUGCCUCUCAAACUCAGCAGAAGGGCGACAAUCCAGGGCUAGCCAAGCCCGCGUGGAGGGGACAAUCUGUUGAAAGUGUUGCUAAGUCCCCUGGCACUGCGUCCACACCAGCUAGAAGCAGGAAUGCUGUGAAGCCUCUAGAGAGUGAAAGCAACUCUUUCAUUGCCAGUUCAGCUUCUCUGCCAUCAGCGGCUUCUCUCAAAGAGGCCUGGUCUGAUGAUAGUGGUUCACUGACAAGCAAAAGUUCCAAGAAAGGGAAGAAAGAUGGAAGUGUAAUAAGUUUGAGCAAAGCUGAUAAAAAUGAAAGGAACUGUCAGGAUGGAGACACCAUAAGUACAUUAUCUGACCAGUCUGUGGUGAAGAGAUCAUCUGGAGAAGCGGAGCAGCAUGCCUAUGUCCCCUAUGUUUAUGCUCGGAACUGUGUAGCACGCAUCACCAAUGAUAUGACAAAUAUGAAGGCUAACCAUGUGAAGAUAGUGCGGGAAAUAGAGACAAACUAUCACCUGAUAGAGGACGAAACUCAGAGUCAGUUCAACACCUUCAUCCUUCUGCUGAGAACAGAGUACACAGGUAAAGUGAACACCUUUAGACAGGUGAUAGAGGCGCACAGACUGGAGCUCCAGCAGAAGGAGGACUACUGGAAUCAGACUCUCAAAAGCUUGUCAGACAGGAACAGAGAACUGCUGAGUGACAAAAAAGCCCUCCUCAUCAAAAACAAGUUGGAGGUUGAGAAAUUGGAGAAGGAAAAGGAAAGUACCAUUCAGGCAUUAUCUCUGAAACUGGAACAAGCUCAGAAUGCAACAACAACGUUGGAGAAAGAAAAAAGUGAGCAGCUGGAGAAGUCGCGCCUGGAGCAGGAUAAUGAACACCUGGCAGUGAUCAAGAGGCUGGAGGAAGAGAAACUGAUUCUGACCGAGCAGCUGGAAUCAGAAAAGUCAGAGAUUAAAGCUCUGCAGCAGCAACUGAGCGAGAGAGGUACUGAAGCCAAGACAGAUGGGUAUACAACAGGGACCCAUGUCAUUCCCACUCACACCUCAACCACAAGGGAGGGAACUCUGGCAGUUGUCCCAGUGUCCGAUGCUGAGAAAGGCCAGGUUUCGGAGGAAAGACAAAAGAUGGCUCACGAAAGGAAGAAAAUGGAAGAGGAAAGAGCAAAGAUGGCUGCAGAGAGAGAUUCCUUCCUCAGUAAACAGGAACAGUUUGGUGGUGACCUUGAGGCGAUGCAGGCAGAGUUGACAGAUACCAAAAAGGAAUGUGCAGAAUUACGAGCAAAGUACAAUAUUGUAUCUGGACAAGCCAAAGAUGUUGACCGUCUGACCGCUGCCUACAAGUUGUUAGAGGAACAGUACAGUGUUCUGGCCAGUGUGACCACUGCGGCCGCCCUCAGUAGUGGUGACGCACAGAAACAAACAAAGGAGAAUAUAAAGAAAACUGAGUCUGAAGUUGCCAUGAUGAAAGAGGCGAGGAGCAGUACAGAUAAAGACAUAGAGAAGUGGGAGAAGGAAUUUGAAAAAGCAAACGGCAGAUCCCCAACAGUAGCAGACAGGAAUGACUCAGUCAAGGAGAUGUACACGUCCCGUGAAGAGGUGAACACCAUGUUGGACUCCCUGGAGAGGAAAAAGGAAACCCUGCAGUCAUUGCAGAGUGGUGAAGUGCCUACAGUGAAGCCAGUGCCUCAGGCAAGUUUGGCCACAGCAGAACCUGUCAUCACGACUGUGGAGGUGAUGGUCCCUGACCCCAAAACUGUGCAAGUCUUAGAGGAGUGUCGGGCCUUGGUGGCUGAGCUUAGGGCCGAAAUCGCUGAAUUGAACUCAGAAAACACAGCUCUUCAAGGGGAGACAACUGAUCUGCGGGAUGAACUUGACGAGGCGCGACAAGAGAUGGAUUCAUUGAGAGAUUCAGGUGUUUCUGGAGACACUGAGGCCUUAGAUGAAGAGAUUUUGAGGCUGAAGCUUGAGAUGUCGUCUCUGGAGAACAAGCUGGUUCAGGAGACGUCUGGUCAUGAUCAGACGCGAGAAGAGCUGGACUCCCUGACAGCGCAGCUGAGUGCCAUGAGACAGGAGGAGGCCGCCAGACAUCUGAACCUGACUGCAGCACUGGAAACGGCCAAAUCUACUGCACAAGCAGAGCUGAAAGCCAAAGAUGAGGUUUUACAAUCUCAAAGAGAAAGGCUUGAUCAUCUGGAAAAAGAGAGACUGUCAAAACUUCCGCCUGACACAGCUAAGGAAAUCAAAAAUCUCCAGGCCAAAGUUGCUAUUCUGGAGAAGGAGAAGCUGGACUCUGGCUCCACUGCAGCCUCUGUGUCAGCUAAACUGAAGGAGGCUAAGACACAGCUAGAGGCAGCCACAUCUUCACUGGAGAGCUCACGGGCAGCCAGCAGAGAUCUAGAGGGCAAACUGAAGAAAUUGAAUGCAGAGAAAGAUAAGUCUGUGAGGGAGUUGACAAACCAGCUUGAGAAGAAAGACCAGCAGAGAAUUAUUGCUGAAAAGAAUUUAGCAGCUUUACAGACAAAGAUGAAGUCCAUGGACUCCAGAGAAAACAAAGAGAAAACUAGUGUCAACACUAAGGUGGGUGGUGGAGCAGCAGCCGGAGCAGCUGACUCAAACACAAAACGUGAGAACGUGGAACUGAAGAGACGUAUCAAGGAGCUAGAGGCGGAGCUGAAGAGAGCUGGGAAGGCAGUUGCUGGUGGGGGUGGGGCUGGUGGGGACACAGCCGCUGUUGAUAGGCAAACUUUGAAGAAGCAGGAGAAAAUCCUAAAAGAGCUGGAGAAGAAGUUGGAUAUGGAGAUGCGAAAGAGGGAGAAGCAUGAGCAGAAUGUGAAGAUAAAGGAAGAGGAGCUCGCCACACUGCAGAAGGAAUGUGACACAAACAAAAGAGAGCUGACAUCUGCCAGGGCAGAGUUAUCUGCCCUGGGAGUGUCUGCCCAGCAAGGCAUGGAAGCAGCAGCAAAAGUGAAAACACUAGAGACAGAGGUGAAGAGGUUGACAGAGGAGAACAAAACACUGACGGAGAACUUCAACAGUGAGAGGGUGUUGAGGAAGAAGUAUUACAACAUGGUUGAGGAUAUGAAGGGGAAGAUCCGCGUGUACUGUAGGUCACGACCCCUGAGUAAGACUGAGCGUGACAGUGGUAACUAUGAGGUGGUUAAGUCUCCGGAUGAGUACAGCAUCCAUGUGGAGUCAAGCAGAGGGCUGAAGGAGUUCCAGUUUGACCAAAUCUUCAUGCCAGAUUCCUCACAGGAGAAAGUGUUUGAAGACACAAAUAACUUGAUUCAGUCGGCAGUGGAUGGCUACAAUGUGUGUAUAUUUGCGUAUGGACAGACGGGCUCUGGUAAAACAUUCACCAUGAUCGGAGACCGGGAGCAGAGCUUCCCAGGAAUUGCUCCCAGGGCUUUCAGCAGAAUCUUCGACAUUGUGGAGGAAAACAAGAGCAAGUACGAUUUCACUGUGACAACGUACAUGUUGGAGUUGUAUAAUGAUCACCUGAUUGAUUUAUAUGGUAAAACAGAUGAGGACAAACUGGACAUCAAGAAGGACAAGCAGGGUAUGGUGUUUGUACAGGGUGCUGCUGUGAAGCGGGCCUCCAACUCCAAGGAGCUCUACGCUUUGUUUGAGGAAGGCUCCAAAAACAGACAUGUGGCGUCCACCAAGAUGAAUGCUGAGAGUUCACGGUCCCAUCUGAUCCUGGCCAUUGUGAUAGAGAGCACGAAUAAGGUGACUGGCCAAGUCACCAAGGGCAAGCUCAGCCUGGUGGACUUGGCUGGCAGUGAGCGUGUAGGGAAGACAGGGGCUUCAGCAGAACAGCUCAAGGAAGCCAUGUCCAUCAACAAGUCCCUCUCAGCCCUAGGAGAUGUGAUCUCUGCACUCUCCAGUGAGCAGGCCUUCAUCCCAUACCGUAACAACAAGCUCACCAUGCUCAUGCAGGAUUCACUGGGAGGCAAUGCCAAAACACUCAUGUUUGUCAACAUUUCCCCUGCAAACUACAACUGUGACGAAUCCAUCAUUUCUCUUACGUAUGCAUCCCGAGUCAAGCUGAUUACCAACUCUGCGCAAAAGAAUGCUGAUAACAAGGAAAUUGCUCGCCUCAAAGAUAUCAUCAAUAAGUUAAAACAAGGAGAGAACGUGGAUGAGGACAUAUAGCACCUGAGAACAGGUGCACAAGGACAUAUAGUACCUGAGAACAGGUGCACAAGGACAUAUAGUACCUGAGAACAGGUGCACGAGGACAUAUAAUAACUGGGAACAGGUGUAAAAGGAUAUAUAGCAACUGACAACAGUUGCACGAGGAUAUGUGGUAAUGCUGGUCGUCGGUGUUGAAGUGAAAUAUUCUUGAGCAUGGCAUAAAACAGCAAUGAAAUAAAUGGAUGAUGAGCGACCUGACAGUUCAAUGACAGUUGUCCACACUCCUCUCUAACAAGAGAGACGAGGUGAGACAAGAGAGAAACUUCUCUAUCAGACUACAAUGUUUGCCAACUGCAACUACUGCAAAUCUUCCACCUCUUCAACCUCUAAAGCACUUUUUUCAUUGGAAUUUAUUCAUACAGUAUUAUGAAAAUAAUGCCACAAAUGAGUUUUUUCCCUAAGUAGUGGUUGCAGUGGUGGGAUGCUUAGGUCACCCACAGUGAGGGAUUUCCAGAAAACUUCUGUGAUCUUCCUGCGUACCUCACAUUGCCCUAAUUAGUGAUUUUCUGGAAUUGUCAACAGUGUAUGGAUAGUUUACCGAGUACCCGAACAGUAUGUACAUCUCAUUUGUUUAUUUAUUUGAUUGGUAUUUUACGCCCUAAAAAGUGCUCAAGAAUAUUUCACUUAUACAGUGGCGGCCAGCAUUACAUCUCAUUUGUGACAGGCAAUAUAAAUGUUUUUUCCUCUUGCUGUGAUAUUUCAGUAUGGUAUGCGGAGGAUGUGAUGAAAAUAUGUUAUAUGACUGAACAUUCCAUUUAUAUGCAAUAAGCGCAGUAUUGUUAGAAUGAAUUCAUUGUGAUAAAAGAGCAUGGCCCCAGCUGUUCAAGAGUUAGUAAAUGUACGUACAUGUAACUUGUGUAAUGCAAUGAGCUGAAUGAAACGGGUGUGUUGUCUUCAUUCCGCUGACCAAUUGUCUGGAUGUUGUAUACCAGACUAUGAAUUUCAAGAUGAAUAGUGUCUUUCCAUGCAUAGUAGUUACAAAUGAACAUUUAUGUGAGACAGAAGAUUCAUUUUGUCAAAAUUCUGACUCAAAUAUGACCUUUUAUGUCUACUGACUUGCCAUUCUCUGUCAGCUGAACUUUAAUAGUGCUGAUGCAGAUGGGUCCAGAGUACAGUAGUACAUGUACCUAUGUAAUGGACUGUAAGACUGGAAAUCUUCCCUGCACGCCGUAGCGCAUAAUGUACGGAGGUGACUCCUGUUUGCUGGGUUUGCUUUGGCGUUUCAUUUACAUCUGGCCCACUCCAUAACUCAGUUUUCCAUAACUCUUCUCAUAAAUUAAUGUUCUUGUAUUAUUAAGAAGUUUUGUGAAAGUGGCCUUAGCACUGUAACUAUGUUGUCCUGGGAGAAGCGUACUAGAAGAAGACACUGUCCUGAUAUGACAAAAGCGAAUUUAAACCAAAGCACAGUUAUUAGUUUGGCCAAAAAAGUUCAUCGUACUUUUUAGGCAGUUUACAUGUCAGAUUUAUACUUUUAACUCCUUUUCACGGAUAUUUAUGUUUGACUUUUUUGUGAUAUUUUUUCGUUUAUUUUUAUAUAUUUUGUUUUAUUUUUAAAUGACACCUUUUCUCUCUUUUUAUCAUAGAAGCAGCUCUGUGAUAAGUCAUUGAGUUUUUGUUAGAAUCCUGUGACUAACAUACACUGUAUACUGAAAAGAUGAAUAUAUUUACAUACACGUGAAUAUGUUUAGAAGUUUUGUAGGUUUAU